AGAACACUGCGCACUCCAAAUGUGCAAAACAGGAACAUUAGCUGGACAGCUUCGAACCUCUGCUGACCUGGAAAUCGUACAAGAGGAAAGGAAGGAAUUUAUGUUCUAUGUGUUUUUAUAGUGGCUGUGCGUAAACACGCAUCUGGUGUUGCCGGGAAUAAUACACGAGGAACGCGACGCGUGGGGUGGAACCCCGGUUUCUUGGAGCUGCCUCCUAUCUUCUGAUAAUCGGAAUUGCACAAGAGUUCCAGAAAGGAAAAGCACAUCGUGUUUUCGAACCUCAGAGCGACCAUGACGGACACGGAGAUCGCAGCACCCGGUGCGCCUGCGGAUAAACCGAUGGAGGUGGAUUCUGCCAAAGAGAACCAGAACCAGGAGAACCGUACCCUCCUUAUGGUGGCCAUGAUCCUGCUCGAUCUCAACCGCUGCGGUGAAGUCUGUCCCAAAAUCCCAGUGGAAAGCGAGCCGACUGGGCAAACCAGAGGCAGGGAAAAGUGCGCCACGAACCGGACUCGGAUGCGCCAAAGCGCAGAGAAGAAGCACCGGUGCCCGUACGCCGGGUGUGGAAAGACUUACGGCAAGUCCUCCCACCUGAAAGCACACUGCCGAGUCCACACAGGUGAGAGACCAUUCCAGUGCACCUGGCCCGGUUGCGCCAAGAGCUUCUCGCGCUCGGACGAGCUGACGCGCCACUUCCGCACCCACACGGGCGAGAAGCGCUUCGCCUGCCCGCUCUGCACCAAGUGCUUCAUGCGCAGCGACCACCUGACCAAGCACGCCCGCCGGCACGACGGCUUCCACCCCAGCAUGGUGCACAAAACCAAGGGCAGGAGGCGCCGCUCCUCGGCCUCCACGUCCUCCACGGCGUCGUCCGUCUCCGGAGACGUCGAGUGAUCCUCACGCCUGUAAAUCCAUCACAGAUUUUAUUUACAGAGCGAACCGCUCGCUGAGGGAAGGUCGCGGGAUCUGCGUACUAUGGGAACGUGAUGCUGGAUCCAAACAGCCCGCAGCAGACGGACGGACCCCCUACAUGAACCUGACAUAAUUACCUGCCUGCGCUGACUGCGAUAUAUGCGUUUAAAUGUGUUCUUUGUGGUAACGGGACUGAGACCGGUGCAUGUUUUCAAGCUAAAUGAUGGAAUGACUCAAAUGUUGGCAGUUUCAUUAGUCGUGUAAUAAAUUAUAAUAUUAUAAGGACAUUUUUCUGGAUCUACCCAAUGGAAGGGCCAUGGUUGGGUCAUGAGAAUGCUUCAACAUACUGUCCAGCAUAGAAGUUGAUAUAUUUUGAUCAAAUAAUUUCACAGUUAACGAACGAAAACGUAGAAAUCUCCUUCUUUAAAGUGUCUAAAAUAUUGUAAAAUAUUUACUAUAUUUUCUGUGCCAUAAUUAAAAUCAUCUAAACAAAAUAAGAAACACACCCACAUCCAUCGACGUGUCAUAAACAUGCAGGCAUAGUCAGUACCCGAGUAAAUAAAUACAGCAAAUCAACAGAGGAACAUCAUGUACAAUAUAUUUAACCCUGUUAGAAAGAGUGCAGACCAGCACAAGCUGGUUUCUGUUGCCAAUUACUCUACUACUACUGGUUUAAACUGGGUAGAGAUGGUCCCAGAUGCUUAUAGUUCUGGUUAGGUGGCUCAGUUACUUACAAUAAUUUAAAUGAAUUUAACCAUAUGACCAAAAGUAUGCAGACACCCCUUUCUAAUUUUUGGGUUUAGUUGUAUAUAAAAUUGAGACAUGUUUAGAUAAUCAGUAGGGCAGCUGUAGCUUAGUGGUUAAGGUACUGGACUAGUAAUCAAAAGGUUGCUGGUUCAAGCCCCACCACAAAGCAAGGCCCUUAACCCUCAACUGCUUAGACAGUAUACCGUCACAACUGUAAGUCGCUUUGGAUAAAAGCAUCCGCUAAAUUCCGAAAAUGUGGAUGAGUUUAACCGUAAAUCCACAGAACACCUUUGGGAUGAAUUGGAACACUGACCUGUCGAAUGCUCUUUUACAUGAACGACACACAACAGACACGACAGAAAUUGUGGAGGGCUUUGUUAUAUAUAUAUAUAUAUAUAUAUAUACUGUAUAUACACACAUAUAUAUAUAUAGUUUAUUUUAGUCAGGAUGGAAGGUGACGAAUUAAUAUUAAUGUUCAUGCUUUUGGAAUGGGCAUUGUUUGACAAUCCGGUGUCCACAUAAUUCUGGCCAUAGAGUGCAGUUUCGUUUAACAUAAAUAAGUAAAUAAAUAAAAAAAUAAAAUAUAAUACUAUUUUUUACUGGUAACUGAGUAUGAUAAGCAUCUUAAACCAGUGGUAUGUCAAUAUUUGGCAGCAGAAAUAAGCUUAUUAUAUUAUUAUUAUAUUUUUUCAUUGUAUUAUGAGCGUUUCUAGAUGAUGUAGCAGCAGACAGGCGUUUGGAUUAGACGUUAUGUUGUUCACGAAUGUUCACGUUAGCUUUUAACACUAAGCUGAACGAGUAAUUGAUGUAAAUGACAUUUAUAUAUGUACUAUAAAAGGGAAUUUUACUAUAAAA